AUGGAUUGCUUGAUAGGUGUACAAGUUUUUGGAAAUUCCUGUUCCAAGGCAAACAUAUGCAGUUUUGCGGCGUUUAUGGAAAAAAUAGAAUUUUUAAAAUAUGCCUUUGAAAUUGGAUGUCCUUGGAAUGAGAAAGUAAUGCUUCAUUCUGGAAUAGUAGGUAACUUAAAUUGCAUGAAGUUUGCUUACGAAAAUGGGUGUCCAUGGCAUGAAUCUACAUGUUGCAUUGCUGCGGAAUACGGACACCUAGAUGUUUUAAAGUAUGCACAUGAAAAUAAUAGUCCUUGGGACCAAAAGACGACUGAGAGUGCAGCAAAGGGUGGGCACUUGAACUGCUUGAUCUAUGCAUUCGAAAAUGGUUGUCCGUGGGAUGCGAAAACCAUCUACGCAGCUGCAAUUAAUUCCAAUAUCGAGUGUCUGAAGUACGCUCAUUCGAAUGGUUGUCCUUGGGACGUGGUCGUGUGCUUUGCAGCCGCGAGCACGGGUCACCUGGAGUGCCUGCGGUACGCGCACGAGAACGGGUGCCCGUGGGACGAGCUGACGUGCUCCGAGGCCGCGAGAUCCGGUCACCUGGAGUGCCUGCGGUACGCGCGCGAGAACGGCUGCCCGUGGGACGAACGCACGUGCCACUACGCCGCGACAGGCGGACACUUGGAGUGCUUGCGAUACGCGCGCGAAAACCGCUGUCCAUGGGACGCACGCACGUGUUACCGAGCCGCAAAGUGGGGCCACCUGGAGUGCCUGCGGUACGCGCAUGAGAACGGGUGCCCGUGGGACGAGCGCACGUGCUCCAAGGCCGCGAGGUCCGGGCACCUGGAGUGCCUGCAGUAUGCGUACGAGAACGGCUGCCCGUGGGACGAGCGCACGUGCCACCUGGCCGCGGCCAGUGGGCACCUGGAGUGCUUACGGUACGCACACGAAAACCACUGCCCGUGGGACGAGCGCACGUGCUUCGGGGCCGCCAGGCGGGGUCACCUGGGUUGUCUGAUUUACGCUCAUGACAACGGAUGUCCUUGGAAUGGAGCUACUCUCGAGGCAGCUUACGGUGGAGGUUUUGUCGAUUGUGUGGACUACGCGUACGAAAAUGGCUGUCUGUUGGUAGAGUUUUUUGACGAUGAACAGUGA